AUGGCGAGCGAUUUAGAAAUAAGUGACACUCGCGUGCAGUUUGUUGCAGAUUAUGUAUUGAAGACAUUGAAAAUAAAACCAGACAAAUGGACCAAGAUGUACAGUGUUGAUGAAACAAAGCAAAUGUUUUUAGAUUAUUUUGAAAAGCAAGACUUGAUUUCCAUUGUCAUUAUUCUAAGUUCAUCUGGAGGAUUGUCAGUUCAGUUGGAAUGGCCAAAUAACCUCAAAGGAAAAGCCUGUUAUUUUGUUAAAAGAACUCGGGAACCAAUCCAAAAAGACACAAAUCUAAGGAAUGCUCUGUUAUAUGGAGAUCUGGCGUAUUCACCCCUUGAUCAACUUUCAGCAUUUGUAGAUGAAGUUCUAGUCCCACUUUUAUCAAAUGAUAGAAACCAUGAUCACUGGCCUAAAGUAGUUUCCACUGAUGUCACGAAACAUGUACAUAGUCUAAAGAGUAAUGUGUUUGUUGUAUCUGGACAAGCCAAGGGUAAAACAUUAUUACCAUUACCAGUUGGCGCUGAAAGAGUUGAAGAAUCCAUUCAAGAAGAAGAAAAAAGUGAUACCUUUGACAGAACUUUAGUUCAUGCUAUUGAAUCUGUUAUUAUUGAAUGGACCCAUCAGAUUCGCGAUGUCUUAAAGAGAGACUCAGCUCAACCUCUCUUAGAGGGCCUCAAUCCUACACCCUUUGUAGAAAUCAAAUUCUGGGAAAACAAAGCCCAAAAUUUAGAAUGCAUUUACGAACAGCUAAGAGAUCCAAAGGUGAGGAAGAUGGCUGAGCUUUUAGAAAAAACCAAGAGUAGUUAUUUCCCAUCUUUUAAGAAUAUCUUCAGAGAUGUAGUAGCUGCUUUGACCGAGGCCCAAGACAUCAAUAUGUAUCUUAAGCCCUUACGACACUAUUUAGAAGAUUUGGAACAGGCUGAGUUUGAUGAAUGUAUACCACUAUUAUCACCUACUAUCUAUACUGUAUGUUUAGUUUGGUGUCAAUCUAAAUUCUACAAUACACCGGCUAGAAUCAUUGUCUUAUUACAAGAAAUCUGUAAUAUGGUCAUUGAAAUGGCUGGAAAUUUCUUGGAUCCAACUGAGAUAUUUAAAGGUGAAGUAGAAGAAACGAUUGAUAAAGUGAGAAAAGCCUGUGAUGUGUUGAAAGCUUUUAAAGAUACUUAUGAGAAUCAUAAGAAUAGUCUCAAGACUUACUAUGAGAAUGGUGAUGGAAAGGAAUGGGAAUUUGACCCACAACUUGUUUUUGCCAGAUAUGAUAAAUUUAGGGAACGAGUUGAAACUAUUAGAGAAUUGAUGGAGACUGCCUUAGAAUUUAUGAAAUUAGAGAAAAUUGAACUGGGUGGAAUUAAAGGAAAGGCUUUAAGUGGAGCUGUAUUAUCUAUAUUUGAAGAAUUCAAUGAACUGUUUAAAGUAUUUUCUGAGAAAUCAUAUGAUUGUUUGGAUCCCAGCAGUGAUGAAUUUUUAAAUGAUUAUAAAUCAUUUUUGGAGAAAAUUGGUGAUAUUGAUCGUCGCCUAGCAACCAUUAUUUGUCAAGGUUUUGAUGAUUGUUCUGGUUUAGAAUCUAUUUUCAAGUUAAUUGAUAUAAUGAACACAUUAUUAGAAAGGCCAUUAAUCAAGAAAGAUUUUGAUGGAAAAUAUCCACAUGUGGUGGCCAUGAUGAACCAAGAAUUGGACGAAGUUAAGAAUAUUUAUGAUAUACAGUUAAGGAAAAAGAGAGAAUUAAAACGACCACCUAUACAUAAAAAUAUGCCAUUAGUAACUGGCUGUUUACGCUGGUCAAAAGAAGUGUCAGAAAGAUUAACGAUACAUAUGGGAAAUUUCAAACACAUAGAACAUCCGUGUAUGGAGUCAGAAGAAGCCCAUCUUGUAUUUACUAAAUAUGAACAGAUGAUGGGAUUAUUAACUGAAUGGGAUAAGGAGGUGUAUAAGGAUUGGACAGCUGGUGUCGAGGAGGCUUGCUCAUUUAAUCUCUCACAACCAUUAAUAACACGAAAUGAAGAAACUAAAUUAAUAUCUGUUAACUUUGAUAGACAGUUGGUCGCUGUGUUACGAGAAGUGAAAUAUCUAGAAAUUCGUGGUGAAGAAGAAGUUCCAGGCAGCGCCAGUGCUGUGUAUUCCAGAAAUGAUGAAUUCCGUAAAUACCUAGCUAACCUAGAUCUAACAGUACAGUGGUAUAAUAAAGUACGAACUACAAUAUUAGAAGUGGAAUAUCCAUUAAUAGAAAAUCAACUACAAGAUAUUGAUGUACAAUUAGAGAAAGCUGAAAAAACUUUGAAUUGGAACAGUCAAGGUGUAUGGGAAUAUAUUGAAGAAACAAGAGAAAGAGUGAAAGAUUUAGAAACUAGAGUACAGAAAGCUAAGAAUAAUAUUGAAGAAAUACAGAAGGUUAUGACCACGUGGUCUAAGAUAUCAUUAUUUGAACGAAAAGAAGACAAACAUGAUAGUUUAUUACAUUUAGAUGAUAGACAGGAUAGACUUAAUAAACGUUAUAAUGAAAUUAAAACCGCUGGUGAAAAAAUACACGCAUUACUCAAGGAAAAUCUAGACUUCUUCAAAGGAGAAGCUAACUCUGACAUCUGGAAAGCGUAUGUAGAUUAUGUAGAUGAAAUGAUAGUGGAUGGCUUCUUCAAUACCAUUCACUGUAGUUUACAAUUCUUACUGGAUAAUACAACUACUAAAGCUAUCUGUGAUCCUCUGUUUGAGGCUAGACUAGAACUACAAGUACCAGACAUGGUGUUCAUACCCUCAUUGGAGUAUGGUGUAGCUGAUGGUUUCUAUGAUCUAGUCGAUGGUUUAGUGGGUGAUAUCUAUAAACAGUCUUCGUUGAUACCGCGAUUAGCAGCACACAGUGGUCAGGAACAUUAUCAGCCUGAUUUAGAAGAUAUGGAAGAGUUAUCUGAAAUGAGGCAAGAAGUAAUGGAUCGUGUCCAGACUAUCAUGAAUAAAGCCUGUGAAUACCGUAACUCGUUUGAUAACUACGCCUAUCUGUGGGUUGAUGACCGUAAUGAGUUUAUGAGACAAUUCUUACUCUAUAACCACGUAUUAACGUCAGAAGAAAUAGAAGCUCAUGCUGAUGAAGGUGUUCCAGAAUCUCCACCAACUCUGGCUCAAUUUAAGGAACAGAUUGAUGCUUAUGAAAAGAUUUAUGAAGAAGCAGAACAUGUUGAUGCUACCAGUAUAUUUGAUCAUUGGUUCCGAGUUGAUGCCAAACCAUUUAAACAAGCUUUAUUGAACAUCAUUAAACGAUGGAGUUUCAUGUUUAAACAACAUCUUAUUGAUCACGUUACCAACAGUUUGAACGAACUCUCCGAUUUUAUUAAAUCCACUGAUAACGGCCUAUCACGUCCUGUAGAAGAGGGUGAUUAUGAAGGUCUGGUAGCUGUUAUGGGUAACCUGUUCUCUGUCAAAGAACGUCAAUCCACAACUGAUGAAAUGUUUGAACCACUCAAACAGACUAUUGAGUUGUUGAAACAAUAUGAUCAAGAGAUGCCUGAAGAGGUCCAUCAACAACUACAGGAACUACCUGAACAAUGGAACAAUACCAAGAAGAUCGCCAUAACAGUGAAACAACAGAUGGCACCAUUACAAGCCAAUGAAGUUGCCAAUAUACGCAGAAAGAGUGCUUCAUUUGAUGUUGAACAACAUAAAUUCCGAGAACGAUUCCGAUCUAUUAAACCAUUUAGUUUUGAUUGUGAACAACCUUACAUGUAUCUUGACAGAAACCAUGAAGAGAUUAGUAAAAUGGAACGUAAUAUGGCUCAGUUGUUAGAAUCAGCAGGAUUAUUUGAAGUCAACAUACCAGACUUCAAACAACUGAAACAAUGUCGCAAAGAAAUCAAACUACUCAAAACCUUGUGGGAUUAUGUUAUUAUUGUCAAGAGCAGCAUUGAUGACUGGAAAACCACACCUUGGAAAGAAAUCAAUGUUGAACAGAUGGACAUGGAUUGUAAAAAGUUCGCUAAAGAUAUCCGUAUGUUAGAUAAAGAAAUGCGAGCCUGGGAUUCCUAUAUUGGCGUUGAGAAUAUGGUGAAGAAUAUGUUAACGUCAUUACGAGCCGUCGGUGAACUACAGAAUCCUGCUAUCAGAGAGAGACAUUGGCAACAACUUAUGGCUGCCACAAAGGUACGAUUUAUGAUGGAUGAAAGUACAACAUUAGCUGAUCUCCUGUCUCUCAAUCUACAUAACUAUGAAGAGGAAGUCCGAACUAUAGUGGAUAAGGCAGUAAAGGAAAUGUCUAUGGAGAAGGUCUUGAAGGAAUUAGAUGUGACUUGGUCCACCAUGGAAUUUGAACAUGACAAACAUCCUCGUACUAGUAUUACAAUAUUAAAGGCUAGUGAAGAAUUGAUUGAAACACUUGAAGAUAAUCAGGUACAACUGCAAAACAUGAUGACUUCCAAAUACAUUGCACAUUUCUUAUCAGAAGUAUCUAACUGGCAGAAGAAACUGUCCACAGCUGAUCAAGUUAUCUCUAUCUAUAUGGAGGUUCAGAGAACGUGGACUCAUUUAGAAAGUAUCUUUAUUGGGUCUGAAGAUAUCAGAAAUCAACUGCCAGAAGAUUCUAAACGAUUUGAUAAUAUUGAUAAUGAUUUCAAGGAAUUGGUUGGCGAAGUAGAAGUCACCAAGAAUUGUGUAGAAGCUACCAAUAAACCAAAACUAUACGAACGACUAGAUACCUUACAAGGUCAACUUAACUUGUGUGAGAAAGCCUUAGCUGAAUAUCUAGAAACAAAACGUUUGGCUUUCCCCAGAUUCUACUUCGUAUCCUCUGCCGAUUUAUUGGAUAUUCUGUCUAACGGCAACAAUCCUCCAGUUGUUGCUCGUCAUUUAACCAAAUUAUUUGACAGUUUGGCUUCAUUGAAAUUUGAGAAAGAUUCUAGUGAUAAUGAAUUGAAAUCAGCUCUCGGUAUGUACAGUAAAGAUGGAGAGUUUGUCACUCUGAAUAAACCAUGUGAUCUCAAUGGACAGGUUGAAAGCUGGUUAAAUAGAUUAUUAGAAGCCAUGAAAGCUACAGUAUUACAUGAAUUGAAUGAAGCUGUACAAGGUUAUGAAGAGAAACCCAGAGAUCAAUGGCUGUUUGAUUAUCCUGCUCAAGUUGCUCUGUGUGGUACCCAGAUCUGGUGGACAACAGAAGUCAAUAUAGCUUUUGGUAGAUUAGAAGAAGGUUAUGAAAAUGCCUUGAAAGAUUACAACAAAAAACAAAUCACCCAGUUGAAUUCUUUGAUUACCAUGUUAAUCGGAAAACUGUCUUCUGGCGAUCGACAAAAAAUCAUGACAAUUUGUACUAUUGAUGUACAUGCUCGUGAUGUCGUGGCCAAAAUGAUUACACAGAAAAUAGACAGUUCUCAGGCUUUCUUGUGGUUGUCACAGCUUCGACAUCGCUGGGAUGAUAAUCAGGUGGAUUGCUUCGCCAACAUCUGUGACGCUCAAUUCAGAUACUCUCAUGAGUAUUUAGGUAACACACCGAGAUUGGUCAUUACACCCCUCACUGAUAGAUGUUAUAUCACACUUACCCAGUCUCUCCAUUUAGUAAUGAGUGGAGCUCCUGCAGGACCUGCUGGUACUGGUAAAACAGAGACUACUAAAGAUUUAGGUCGUGCUUUGGGUAUUAUGGUAUACGUCUUCAACUGCUCUGAACAGAUGGACUACAAGUCUAUUGGUAAUAUCUAUAAAGGUUUAGCUCAGUCUGGUUCAUGGGGUUGUUUUGAUGAAUUUAAUCGUAUCUCAGUAGAAGUGUUAUCUGUAGUAGCUGUCCAGGUGAAAUGUAUUCAAGAUGCUAUCAGAGAUAAAAAAGACAUCUUUAAUUUCCUUGGUGAGGUGAUCCGCAUGGUUCCUAGCGUUGGUAUUUUCAUUACUAUGAAUCCAGGUUACGCUGGAAGAACUGAAUUACCAGAAAAUCUGAAAGCCUUAUUUAGGCCAUGUGCUAUGGUUGUACCAGAUUUUGAAUUGAUUUGUGAAAUUAUGUUGGUAGCUGAAGGUUUCUUAGAAGCCAGACUUUUAGCUCGUAAAUUUAUUACAUUAUACAGUUUAUGUAAAGAAUUACUGUCCAAACAGGAUCAUUAUGAUUGGGGUUUACGUGCUAUUAAAUCAGUAUUGGUGGUUGCUGGUUCGUUGAAGAGAAGUGACCCUGGUCGUCCUGAAGAUCAGGUAUUGAUGAGAGCUUUGAGAGAUUUCAAUAUUCCCAAAAUUGUAGCAGAUGAUAUGCCAGUCUUUAUGGGAUUGAUUUCUGAUCUCUUCCCUGCUCUGGAUGUCCCACGUAAACGUAACUUGGACUUUGAAGGCCAAAUCAAACAAGCCACAUUGGAUCAAAAACUACAACCAGAAGACAACUUUAUCUUAAAGGUCGUUCAGCUUCAGGAAUUGUUUGAAGUACGACAUUCAGUAUUUUUAUUGGGUAAUACUGGAACUGGUAAGAGUGGGGUAUGGAACACCCUGAUUAAAACUUACCGCAAUCAAGGCAAGAAACCUAUAGCUAUCGACCUUGACCCUAAAGCUGUCACCAAUGAUGAAUUGUUUGGUGUGAUUAAUCCAGCAACACGAGAAUGGAAGGAUGGUUUAUUCUCAGUAGUAAUGAGAGAUUUAGCCAAUAUGACAGGUGACGCUCCGAAAUGGAUCGUAUUGGAUGGUGAUAUUGAUCCUAUGUGGAUUGAAUCAUUGAAUACUGUCAUGGAUGAUAAUAAAGUUCUCACGUUGGCCAGUAACGAACGUAUUCCACUCACACCAUGUAUGAGAUUGCUGUUUGAAAUCAGCCAUCUUAAAACUGCUACCCCAGCCACCGUGUCCCGAGCUGGUAUUCUCUUUGUUAAUCCUCAAGAUUUAGGAUGGAAUCCUUAUGUACAAAGCUGGAUAGAUACCAGAGAAGUCCAGUCAGAAAGAGCCAAUUUAACCAUUCUCUUUGAUAAAUAUGUACCGACUUGUUUGGAAGUGAUGAGACAUAGGUUUAAAAAGAUUACACCUAUAGCUGAAAUCAGUCAUAUCCAGAUGUUAUGUUACUUACUAGAAUGUUUACUGACACCAGAAAAUACUCCACCAGAUUGUGCUAAAGAACUAUAUGAGUUAUAUUUUGUAUUUGCCUGCGUCUGGGCGUUUGGUGGUGUUAUGUUCCAGGAUCAGUUGGCUGAUCACAGAGUAGAAUUUACAAAAUGGUGGACGACAGAUUUCAAAACCAUAAAAUUCCCCCAUCAAGGAACUGUGUUUGAUUAUUAUAUUGAUGCUGAAACUAAGAAAUUUGAAUUAUGGACAAAACGAGUUCCUACAUUCGAAUUAGACCCUGAUAUUCCAUUACAAGCUGCCAUGGUACAUACUGCUGAAACAAUCCGAGUAAAAUACUUCCUCGACAUGUUGGUUGAGAAGAAGAGACCAGUCAUGUUAGUAGGUAAUGCCGGUACUGGUAAAACAGUACUAAUGGGUGAUAAACUGAUUAACUUAUCAGAGGAAUACAUGGUGACUAACGUACCCUUCAAUUUCUACACUACCUCCGAGAUGUUACAAAGAGUUCUGGAAAAACCAUUAGAGAAGAAAGCUGGUAGAAAUUAUGGUCCACCUGGUACAAGAAGAUUGAUCUACUUUGUUGAUGAUAUGAACAUGCCAGAGGUUGACAAAUAUUUCACAGUCCAACCUCAUACAUUGAUUAGACAACAUAUUGACCAUGGUCAUUGGUAUGAUAGAACUAAAUUAUCAUUGAAAGAAAUCCACAACACUCAAUAUGUAGCCUGUAUGAAUCCUACUGCUGGUAGUUUUACUAUAGAUUCCCGUCUCCAGCGUCAUUUCUGUGUGUUUGCUUUGAGUUUCCCCAAUCAAGAUGCCUUGAAGACAAUUUACACUUCCAUCUUAUCUCAACAUUUACAAAUGAAUAAUUUCCCUCUUGCUGUACAGAAGUUUACUGAGCCUUUAGUUAACGGUGCUCUGGCUCUCCAUUCUAAAGUCACCACUACCUUCCUACCUACUGCCGUUAAAUUCCAUUAUAUCUUCAAUCUUAGAGACUUAUCUAACAUCUUCCAGGGUAUAUUAUUCUCUACAAGUGAAUGUGCCAAGACGCCAGCUGACUUAAUUAAACUGUGGCUCCAUGAGUCAGCUCGUGUCUAUCAUGAUAAACUUACUGAUGAAAAGGAUAUUGAAAUGUUUGAUAAAGUACAGAAAGAUGUUGUUAAAAAGACAUUUGAGGAUAUAGAUGAAGCUGUAGUGUUCCAAACACCAAAUCUGUUCUGCCAUUUUGCCCAGGGUAUUGGUGAACCUAAAUAUUCCAAUGUUGCCAGCUGGCAGGAACUUAAUAAAAUAUUAGUGGAAGCCUUAGAUAAUUAUAAUGAACUGAAUGCCGCUAUGAACUUAGUGUUGUUUGAAGAUGCCAUGUCACAUAUUUGUCGUAUUAAUCGUAUCUUAGAAUCACCUCGUGGAAAUGCCUUGUUAAUUGGUGUGGGAGGAAGUGGUAAACAAAGUUUAUCACGGUUAGCUGCGUUUAUUAGUAGUUUAGACGUCUUCCAGAUUACCUUACGUAAAGGCUACAGUAUCGUGGAUCUGAAGACCGAUAUCGCAGCUCUGUAUAAAAAGACUGGAAUCAAGGGUGUAGGCACCAUGUUUUUAAUGACAGACGCUCAAGUACCAGAUGAACGGUUCCUGGUAUUGAUCAAUGAUUUACUAGCAUCAGGUGAAAUUCCUGAUUUAUUUGCCGAUGAUGAAAUUGAAGAGGUUAUCAGUGGAGUAAGAAAUGAAGUCAAAGGUCAAGGGUUAGAAGACACAAGAGAGAAUUGUUGGAGAUAUUUUAUUGAGAAAGUUAGAAAGACAUUGAAGGUGGUAUUGUGUUUCUCACCAGUUGGUGCAACUCUACGUGUCAGAAGUCGUAAAUUCCCUGCUAUUACCAACUGUUCUGCUAUUGAUUGGUUUCAUGAAUGGCCUGAAGAGGCUUUGACCUCUGUCAGUGCUAGAUUCUUGGAUGAUAUAGAACUGUUACCAAGUGAUAUGAAAGUAUCCAUAGCCAAAUUCAUGGCUUACGUCCAAAAAUCUGUAAACGAAAUCAGUCACUUGUAUUUAACCAAUGAAAGACGUUACAAUUACACCACACCUAAAAGUUUCUUGGAGUUAAUCAACUUGUACCAUAAUUUACUGGGUAUCAAAAACAAGGAAUUACAGGCUAAGAUUGUCCGUUUGGAAAAUGGUUUAGAAAAACUCCGAAGUACCGCCUCUCAGGUGGAUGAUUUAAAGUCAAAACUGGCCUCUCAAGAAGUAGAAUUAGCCCAGAAGAAUGAAGAUGCUAAUAAAUUGAUUCAAGUGGUCGGAGCUGAAACUGAGAAAGUCGGUAAAGAGAAAGCUAUUGCUGAUGAAGAAGAACUGAAAGUAUCAAAAAUUACGGUAGAAGUCGAGAAAAAAGCUGCUGAUUGUGAACGAGAUUUAGCCAAAGCUGAACCUGCUCUGCUUGCUGCUAAAGAGGCUUUGAAUACAUUAAAUAAGAAUAAUUUGACUGAGUUAAAAUCUUUUGGCUCACCUCCAACUGCUGUUACCAAUGUUACUGCUGCCGUCAUGUGUUUACUAGCACCAGGUGGUAAAGUACCCAAAGACAAGAGUUGGAAGUCUGCAAAGAGCUCAAUCAUGAAUAAGGUGGAUGCCUUUUUAGAUAACCUAAUUAACUACGAUAAGGAUAAUAUCCCCGAAAGUUGUCUGAAAGCUGUCCAACCUUUCUUAAACGAUCCUGAAUUUGAACCAGAAUUUAUUAAAUCCAAAUCUCUAGCUGCUGGUGGUCUGUGUGCCUGGGUUGUAAAUAUUGUCAUGUAUUAUAACGUCUACUGUACUGUGGAACCAAAGAGAAUGGCCUUGAAACAAGCCAACGAUGAGUUAUCUGCUGCUCGAGAAAAGUUACGUGUCAUCAAAGCUAAAGUAGCUGAUUUGGAAGCCACUCUUGCUACGUGUCAAGCUGAAUUCGAAAGAGCUACCUCUGAGAAAUUACGCUGUCAACAAGAAGCUGAAUCGACUGCUAAAACUAUCGAGUUAGCUAAUCGUCUCGUGGGUGGUCUGGCAUCAGAAAAUGUGAGAUGGGCUGAAGCUAUUAAUGGAUUUAGAGAACAGGAGAAGAGUUUGCCUGGUGAUGUUCUCAUUACAACAGCUUUCAUCUCAUACGUUGGUUGCUUUACUAAGUCCUACCGUUUAGACUUGAUGAAUGCGUAUUGGUUACCGUAUUUGAAAGAGAAGGCUCAAGAUAUCAUCGUGUCUGAAAAUCUGGAUCCAUUAGCGUUGUUGAUUGAUGAUGCUGAUAUUGCUACCUGGAAUAACGAAGGUUUACCGGGAGACAGAAUGUCCACAGAAAACGCUACUGUACUAACAAGUUGUCAAAGAUGGCCACUGAUGAUUGAUCCACAGUUACAAGGUAUUAAAUGGAUCAAGAAGAGAUAUGGUGCAGAUCUGAAAGUAAUCCGACUUGGAGCUAAAGGUUAUUUGGAAGCUAUUGAACGAGCUGUUACUAAUGGUGAUGUAGUCUUGAUUGAAAAUAUUGGAGAAUCAAUCGACCCUGUAUUGGAUCCAUUGUUGGGUAGAAACACCAUUAAGAAGGGACGUGCUAUCAAGAUGGGAGACAAAGAAGUUGAAUAUCAUAAAGACUUUAAAUUGAUUCUCCAAACCAAAUUAGCCAAUCCUCAUUAUAAACCAGAAAUGCAGGCUCAGUCCACGUUGAUCAAUUUCACCGUCACUCGAGAUGGUCUUGAAGAACAGCUGUUAGGAGCUGUAGUCAGCAAAGAAAGACCAGAUUUAGAAAAACUGAAAUUGGAUUUGACUCACCAACAGAAUGAAUUCAAGAUCACCUUGAAAGGAUUAGAAGACAACUUGUUAGCUCGAUUGUCUGCUGCCGAGGGCAAUUUCUUAGGCGAUUACGCACUCGUAGAGAAUCUAGAAACAACCAAGAGAACUGCAGCAGAAAUUGAAGUCAAGGCUGCCGAGGCGAAGAAGACUGAAGUAGAAAUUAAUAAAGCUCGUGAAGAUUACAGACCAGCUGCCUCCAGAGCUUCUCUACUCUACUUCAUCAUGAAUGAUCUUCUCAAGAUCAAUCUUAUGUACCAAUUUUCAUUGAAGGCUUUUAGCGUAGUAUUCGACAAGGCAAUCGAUAAAGCCGAACCAGCUGAAGAUGUAAAACAGCGAGUUCUAAACCUGAUCGAUUGUAUCACCUACUCAGUAUCAGUGUAUACCACUAGAGGUCUGUUUGAGAAGGAUAAACUUAUCUUUUCUACGCAGAUGGCCUUCCAGAUUCUUCUCUUGAAUAAUGAGAUUAAUCCUGUGGAACUGGAUUUCUUACUCCGAUUCCCUGCCGUACAGAAUCUUACCACACCUGUAGAUUUCCUCAAUAAUAACUCUUGGGGUGGAAUUAAGGCUUUAGCUGCCAUGGAAGAAUUCCGAAACCUAGAUAGAGAUAUAGAAGGUUCAGCUAAACGAUGGAAGAAGUUUGUUGAGAGUGAAUGUCCAGAAAAAGAAAAAUUCCCUCAAGAAUGGAAGAAUAAAACAUCCCUACAGAAACUAUGUAUGAUGAGAGCUCUACGUCCUGACAGAAUGACUUAUGCUAUUAGGAAUUUCAUUGAAGAAAGGAUGGGAACUAAGUAUGUUGAAGGUAGAGCUGUAGAGUUUAUGAGAUCCUAUGAAGAGUCCGGACCAGCCACACCAAUAUUCUUUAUCUUAUCACCUGGUGUGGAUCCACUGAAGGAUGUAGAAGCUGCUGGUAAAAAACUAGGAUUUACUGAAGACAAUAAGAACUUCCACAAUAUAUCUCUUGGACAAGGUCAAGAAGUUGUGGCUGAACAAGCUAUGGAUAUUGCUGCUAAAGAUGGACAUUGGGUCAUUCUACAGAAUAUCCAUCUUGUAAGUAAAUGGUUAUCAGCAUUAGAGAAGAAAUUAGAAGAAUACAGUGAAGUUGCCCAUGAAGAUUAUCGUAUAUUUAUAUCUGCUGAACCAGCGUCCAGUAACGAAUACCACAUCAUCCCUCAAGGUAUCCUCGAGCCAGCUGUCAAGAUCACCAACGAGCCCCCAACUGGCAUGUUCGCCAAUUUACAUAAAGCCCUUGAUAACUUCACCCAGGAUACACUUGAGAUGUGUGCACGAGAAACAGAAUUUAAAAGUAUUCUCUUUGCACUCUGCUAUUUCCAUGCUGUGGUAUGCGAAAGAAGAAAGUUCGGUCCUCAAGGAUGGAACAGAGUCUACCCAUACAACACUGGAGAUUUGACUAUCAGUGUCAACGUAUUGUACAACUAUCUUGAAGCCAAUGCUAAAGUACCAUGGGAAGAUCUACGAUAUCUGUUUGGAGAGAUUAUGUAUGGUGGACAUAUUACAGAUGAUUGGGAUAGACGAUUAUGUAAAACAUAUCUUGAAGUUUACAUGCACGCUGGAAUGUUGGAUGGUGAGCUAUAUUUAGCACCCGGAUUCCCCAUUCCACCCAAUACAGAUUAUAAAGGUUACCAUGCCUAUAUAGAUGAAGUUCUACCACCAGAGAGUCCCUAUCUAUAUGGUCUACAUCCUAAUGCUGAGAUUGAAUUCUUAACAACAACCUCUGAUAACUUGUUCCGAACUGUGUUUGAAAUGCAGCCACGUGAUGCUGGAGCUUCAGGAGGUGCUGGUGUUAGUCGAGAAGAGAAGACUAAAGGUAUCUUAGAUGAGAUCAUUAUGGGUAAAGUACCCUUAGAAGAAAGAACACCCUAUAUCGUUGUUGCCUUCCAAGAAUGUGAACGAAUGAACAUGCUAACAUCUGAGAUUAGAAGAUCUCUGAAAGAAUUAGAUCUUGGUUUGAAGGGUGAGCUUACUAUUACAGCUGAUAUGGAAGAUCUGAGCAAUUCCUUGUUCUUAGAUACCAUACCAGAAACAUGGCAGAAGAGAGCUUAUCCUUCCUUAUAUGGUCUUGGAGCUUGGUAUGCCGAUUUACUCCAGAGAGUGAAAGAACUUGAAACCUGGACCUCUGAUUUCCAACUUCCCGCAGCCGUCUGGUUGGGAGGUUUCUUUAAUCCCCAGUCCUUCCUGACAGCUAUCAUGCAGCAGAUGGCUCGUAAGAACGAAUGGCCGCUCGACAGAAUGUGUCUUCAGUGUGACGUCACUAAGAAAACACGAGAAGACAUGGCCGGACCUCCAAGAGAGGGCGCUUACGUGCACGGUCUGUACAUGGAAGGUGCUAGGUGGGACACACAGACUGGUAUGAUCAAUGAAGCUAGAUUGAAAGAACUAGCUCCACCCAUGCCAGUUAUGUUUAUCAAGGCUAUCCCAGUUGAUCGACAAGAUACGAGAAAUGUGUACGAAUGUCCUGUAUAUAAGACGAAGAGUCGAGGCCCAACUUAUGUCUGGACCUUUAAUCUUAAAACUAAGGAAAAGGCCAGCAGAUGGGUUCUUGGUGGUGUUGCUCUUUUAUUACAAGUAUAAUCAUCCCUAUAUUACCAAUAUCAAAAUUGUCUAUUCAGAAGUUUUAUAUUUUGUCAAAGAUGUUGAUUAUACUAUGAUUUAGAAAGUGCUAAGUAUAGCAUGAAUUAUUAAGAUUACUGUGAUUUGGAAUGCAGAAAAUACAACUUACAAUAUUAUAUUAAUUCAGAACUUAUCAAGAAAAGCAUGACAUUUUACUAUGCUAAGAAAAGCAUCAAUAUGAUUGUGCUAAGAAAAGUAUUAAAAUAUAACUGAAUUUUAGAAGACACUACAGCUUAAAAUAUCAUUAAAUUGUAGUACUGUAAUUCAAACUGAUACGUUAUGAAAUAUUACUCAUUUUAAACCAUGCUAAGAACAGCAUAAUUUUACCUCUAAUACUUAUUGAAAAUUCUUCCUUUGAGUUAUAUUUUGAAGCAUUGAAUAGAAUUCUUCCAAAAAUUAAUCCAAUAUUUUUAAGCCACAUGCAGCAUUGUGAUAUUCAGCAUUCCCUCCCUUAUUUAUUUUCUUGUUGAUUUUAUUUGUUCAAUAUUUUUAUAGACUUCAUAUUUAUUCAACCACUAUUGUAUUAUAUAUCCAGGCUUAUUGCUGAAAUAAAUUAUUAUGUAUGUUCAA